AUGAGAAGGCUUCAUCUAAUAAAUAAGCACCUUUGUGGUGAAAGAGAAGUCUGCAUUGUGGCAGCUGGCAGAUCUCCUAUAGAUAAAGUAGGAGGAAGCUUAUCUCAUUAUUCUACAGUAGAACUAGCAUCUAGUACUUUGAAAGGAACCUUAGAAAAAUUCAGAAUUCCUACUGAAGAAAUCGAAGAAAUUUAUUUUGGGACUGUUUUUCCUUCAAACCUAGGACAAUCUCCAGCUAAACAAAUUGCAGUUAAUGCAGGGCUUAGGGAUUCAGUCAAUUGUAUGAUUCUCAAUAAACUUUGUGCGAGUGGAAUGAAAGCUACUAUGCUAGGAGCAUUAUCAAUUUCUACAGGAAAUGCUGAUUGUGUAGUAGUUGGUGGCGCUGAAAGUAUGAGUAAAAUUCCUUAUAAAUUUUCCCCAAUAUUGCCCAGUCAGCAUUUUAAUGUAAUUUCUUUCUAGACAACCCAAAGGAAAAAGUAUAUAUUGUUCUCAUUUUUUAAAAAAUUUAUAUUUUUUUUUUAAAAAAAUAAAAAUUAUUUAAAACAUAAAAAAAAUUGUUCCAAAGAUUAGAGAAGGAUUGGUCAGAGGAAACCAUAAAGCUCUUGACGCUACAGUCUGUGACGGAAUUUUGGAUCCAAGAUUUAAAGUAAUCCCAGCCUUUUGCUCAGACUUGAUAUCUCAAAAACUAAAUUUUUCUAAAUCUGAUCUUGACUAUUUCUCUCAAGAAUCCAUCAAAAGAGCAAACAAAGCUUGAAAUUCUGGAAAAUUCAGCAAUGAGAUAAUCCCAAUUUCUGAUAAAAAAGGAAAACUUAUUAAUAAAGAUACAAUAAAAGACAUUAACCUCCUAAAAGCUGAUCUUAAGCCUAUUUACCAAGGCGGAGUCACAACAGCUGCCAAUGCUUGCCCAAUAAAUGACGGAACAUCCUUUUUAGUACUAUGCAGUCGUCAAAAAGCUAAUGCACUAGGCUUAAAAAUCCUCGGAACAAUCUCAUCAUUUGCCGAUUUUGAGCAUCAUAAAUUGAGCUUUCCUACAUCUCCGACCUUAGCUAUAUGAAAAGCAUUAGAAAGAGCAAAUUUAUCGUUAUCAAAAAUUGAUUAUAUUGAAAUUAAUGAAGCUUUUGCAUCUGUGGUCUUAGCGAAUUCUGUAGCUUUGCCAUUUGACUUGGAAAAAAUAAAUGUUUAUGGGGGCGGAGUAGCUAUUGGGCACCCUGUAGGAAGCAGCGGGGCAAGAAUUUUGGUCACUUUAUUGAAUGUUUUAAUGCAGGAAGGAGGAGUUUAUGGAGCUGCUGGGAUUUGUAACGAUGGAGGUGGGGCUGGAGCUGUCAUAAUAAAAAGAGAAAUUUAA